AUGGCGUUUUCAUCGGGUACACUCGUCCACUCCCUUGGGCACAAUACCUUGGGCAAAGCCGAUAUUGUUGUUCAGACCAUCUUUCUGGGAAUCUGUUUAAUCGUGGUAGCGUUAAGGUUGUGGUCCCGGAGAUUACAAUGGCUUUCGCUUCAAGUAAAUGACUGUUUGAUUCUAAGCUCCACGUUCUUAAUGGUCGGGCGCUAUGUGGUGGAAAUCAUUCUAGUCGUGCUGUGUGGCAUGGGCUUGCAUCCCACUGAGAUAAUCCGAGUUGGAGGAAACGAGGUUACAGUCAAAUUCCUUGCGACUAAAUAUGCCGGUGAUCUUCUCUGGCUCACGGUGGUCUGCUUAACCCAGUUGUCAAUUCUUGACUAUUAUGUUCGCAACUUCAGUCAGCGGACUAUCACUCUGCUCUCAUACAUUACAAUGAGUCUGUGUCUAGCCCUGUGGUCUAUCGGGUUCUUUGUCACUGCAUUCCUCUGCAACCCACCAAGGAAGAUAUGGCACGAAAAUACCGCAGGUCAUUGCGGUAAUCGCCAGAUGCUUCAUACCGGUGUUCUUGCAUGCGAAAUUAUUUUGAACUUCUUCAUCUUAGCUCUUGCUGUCCCUUUCACGUGGAGAAUGCCAUUAUCAAGGCCAAGGAAAUUCGGACUCGUGGGCGUCCAAGCCCUAGGCCUCAUUGUCAUCAUUCUCAUCUCAGUCCGCACGAAACUCGAGUUCGAUUCCGAACCAACGAACCAAACCAAAAUAUCCGCCAGCAAGUCAGCCCUGGCAUGCAUUGCGCCCAUCCUGGGUAUCAUAGCCGCUUGCCUUCCAAUUACCGCGCCUGCCAUUCAAAAGAUGUGUGGAGUUCCAUCUCGUUCAUUUUCCACGCAAACUUUGAGCCCAGACCCAGGCUCCAGGUAUUGGAACACCAGGGUCCUUGAAGGCAUGCAAUUGGACGAACCGGAGAUGCCUCUUGUUACUGUUCAUCCGCAUGUCAUGGCUAAGGCAGGCUAUCUUGCCCCUGGUCAUAUCCGGAUAACUUCUGACUGGGAGAUUCAUUCGUCGCGGGGCUCGGCGAGGAUAGAAAGACCACCCAUGCAGCGGAUGUGA